ACUAGGAAUAUAUGGAACUCCAUGGCCUAUCCAAAGUUUGGCUUUUUCUUUGUGCAUUCUGAUUAUUACUACAGUAAGACAUCAUCUAUCUUACCAGCCAUAUUUGUCACUCCGAAAGGGUUUAAUCCCACAAAUGAUUCAUAUAUGUUCCACCAGAAAUUCCUUGGAUGUCUUGCCACUUUGGUAGAUCUAAUGAUGCCAGCAUUCUUGUCGGAGACUGUGAUGAUCAGGAAGCAGUAUGAAUCGGAGUCCACACAAAUCCUGUCUGCUAUCGAAAUGGCAAUGAUCAGAGUAAAAAGGGCUCUUAAAAUGAGGUUAGGUCCAAAAGCAAGUUAAUAAUUGAAUUACAUUUCAUUAAAACAUUGUAAUGUCAUGAACAAGGAAGGCUGGAGUAAUUAUGCUAUUGGGACUAUUUACACAAUAUACAGGCCAAAGGAUCUGGAUCUCUUGUUAAAAUAAUGCUGUUCAGCAUAUUGUAAUUAGGAUAACUUACUUACUGUUUCAACAGAUUUGCUGAUGUGGUAGACCUAUUUUAUGACAAGGUUUUGCCAUAUGUAUUCUGGGCUCGAGGAGACCUCCAGCUUGCAUCAACACUCUUCAUGAAACUGAUAGAUGGAG